AUGGAUGGGAAAAAUUAUCCAAUGAAUUAUCCGACUAGCGAUAUGAUCGGAGGAUUUCUUAAUCGAGCAAAUAAUAUUUUCACACUUGCAAUUCAGAUCAUUUGGAUGCGUGAACAUAAUAGAUUGUGUAAUCAAUUUUAUGAUGAUCAUGGUGAUUCGUGGACCGAUGAUCAAUAUUUUGAAGAGGCUAGAAAAUGGAAUAUUGCAUUUUAUCAAAAAGUAGUAACCGAAGAGUACCUUGGCAUCAUUCUUGGUAAACCAUUGCCACCAUAUCAACAAUAUAAUGAGAAUCUAGUACCAGGAGUUGAUCUUUUCUUCGCAACAAUAACAUUCAAAUAUGUUCACAGCGAACUUGGCAAUAAUUAUCAUAUACAAGAUGAAUUUGGAGAAUUGCUUGCAGAUCUAACAUUAGAUAACAUUUUACAAAUUCAAUUGUUGGAAAAAUUUGGAAUAGAAAAGAUUUUGAGAUCAAUGUCCCUACAACAUCAAGAAGAAUUGGAUAUUUAUUAUUCCGAUGCUAUGAGAAAUGCUACAACCAUUGAACCGCGUAUUUAUGAUAUUGCAGCUUUUGAUGUUUUAAGAGCCAGAGACAGAGGAAUUGCUUUGUAUAAUGAUGCUCGUCAAGCAUAUGGGCUAACAACAAAGAAAACUUGGCAAGGGAUAACAUCAGUUAAAAUAUUACAAGAUUAUCUGCAACAAUUGUAUCCUAAUGGACCUAAUCAAUUAGAAACUUUCGUUGGUGCAAUAGUUGAAGAUCAUUUGGAUGGAUCAAAUUUUGGUGAAUUAAUGAGCAUUAGUAUGUUCACUCAGGGAACGAAGAGCAUAGAUAGUGGUGGUGAAGGAAAGAGUUGUUGCAACAGUGAGGAGGAUGAUUGUGGUAAUAAGUAG